AUGCUUCGCAUCAAGACCGAUGGUGAGCAAGAUCAAGGAACUUUACUAAUCGAUACUUUGAAAUUAUCCGAACAACAACAAAAUUCGAAAGUUUUAGUUAAAAAAGAUGUGACGACACUUCAUCUCAACGAUCGAAAUAUUCGAAGUAUUCCAUCACUUGAUCAAUUUCCAAAUUUAACAAGUCUUUCAAUUGAUGGAAAUCAUCUUCAAAACUUAGAUUUCAUUCGAACAAAUUACGCAUUAGCUGAACUCUAUGCAGGAAAUAAUCACAUAUCGAAUAUUCAAGGAACAUUUCGACAAUUGAAAAAUCUUCGAGUUCUUCAUUUACAAAAUAAUCAAAUCUCGAAUUUAACUACUCUUGCUUAUGAAUUACGACAUUUAAGUGCAUUGGAAGAUCUCAAUCUUUUCGAUAAUUCAGUGACGUUUGUUCAAGGGUAUAAAUCAACAAUGUUAGAUUUAUUUCCUAAAUUACGCGUUCUGGAUCGAAGAACAAUUUCGAGUAUCGAACGUGCUCAGGCGUACAGUGAUUGUCAUCCUGACCGACAACGUGUCGCAAAUCAAGUCGGAUUUUUAUCUCAUAUUGUACUUAAACAAGAACGAAUUUUACCGAAGAAACCAUUACUCACAGGAUCGAAAACGAUCAAGAAAGUUUUGAAUGAAAAUGAAAAGUUGGAAGAAAAUUGGCUCAAUGAUGCGGUACGUCAACGAGCAUCACAGAGAAGUUUAACGGAAUAUUCUCAGUUUGAUUGGAGUAAAAUUCCAACAGGUCCAGAACGACGGAAGAUGGACGCAGAGAACGCCGUUACACAACCGGAUGUUGUUUCAAUCUUCUUUCAAUAA